AUGUCUUCAAUUAAAGGCACCAGAACAAGAAGUGUAGUAACGUUUAAUCCAAGCACGGUGAGUCCAGGUGAGGAACUAUAUAUUGACAUACCAAAGUUGAAACCCGACAGUUGUCUAGUACCAGGUACUUUCAACCUACUGUUCGACUUUAAAAACGCUAACACAAAAAGUUGGUUUCUCAAUAACUUAGCAAGAUUGUUAAGUCAAAGACUACAGAUAAAACUAGCAGGUGAGACAGUAUAUGACUGCUCAGGUGAGUGUCUCUAUGGUGUGUACAAGGACAUGUGGCUAACUGAGGGUGACAGAAACAAGAUGAUAGAGUGUGGGUUAGCAGAUGAGAACCUAAGGAAGCUAAUGUCAAAGGACGACUCAGGCGCUAAAACUGGUGACGACACCAAAGUGUCAGACGCUCUGAUGUUCUCAGUCUAUGGGACCAAGUUGAAGGUACCUCUAGACAGAAUCAUAGCAGACCAUGGUCUGUACGCACCCUUCAGAAUGAACAACAACUUUAUGUACGUACUGACUCUACCCAAAGCCUCAGACAUAAUGAUUGCCCAAUCUAGUGAGGCAGUUGGUGGCUACACAUUAGAGAAUCUAGAAUUAGAGUAUGAGACAAUAGAAAACCAAAGUGUUGCAGAUGAGAUUUCCAGUAUGUACUCAACUGGUAGGAGUCUUUCCUACCAACACGUUACACUAAUGAGAACGAGUAACUGGGCGAAGGAUCUAACCAUAGUCAAUGAGAACGUGAAUCUUCCAAGGAAGAGUAUGGCAGCUAUUGUUUUACUCUUUACCAAAAAGACGAGGACCGACUCUGAGGAGUACCUUUACCCUAACAUUGAAGAGGUUAAGAUUACGAUAGAAGGUGUGCCUAACUCCAUAUUUUCACAGAGACUUCCAAAAAGCAGGUUCUUCGAAGAGGCUAAGAGAUUCUUCUGCCCAUCAUGUGAGAAGGUAAUGGCGGAUGAGUUCAUGUCUAUCCAGAAGUUCUUCAAAGAUGGGUUCGCCUUAGUUAUAGACCUUAGUAAUAGAGUAAUGAGGACGAUGUAACAGGGAAUGGUAAGAAAAUCGUUAACACACAGAGUGGAGUUCUGCUGGAGAUUAAGAAGAAAGCUACAACUGAAGAUGUGGUGUGUAACCUGUUCGUUGUAUCAGACGCUCUGGUGAACUUUGUCAACAGGGACCUGAGCUCAAUUCAGUACUAG